CGACAGUUCCCGUCUGUGUUAACAAAAUAACGGUGUACGUUAUGAUGCAAAGAAAGACGGGACUUUGACACGACACAAGAUUCUGUAAAUGUGUUCACAUGCAACGGUCCGUAGAUACUUAAUAUGGAUGAAGCAAUUCCGUUUAAUCCACGUGUUUGUGAGAUAGAAGGACGAUGUCUCAUGUGAAAUGAAUCUGUUUGGAGAAAGAGAGGAGGAUGCUUCCAAGAUGUCUCUUAAGAGAGAGAAAGAGGAGGAUCUUGAUCUUCACUAUCAGAUCCAGAGACCAGAAUCUCCCGUUCUGAGUCUUGUGUCUAUGAAGAGUGACAGAUCAAUGGCUGAACCUCUUAAAUUCAGUGAUACAGAAGAACCCUUUCAUCCCAGUAUUUCAGAAAGCGUGAAGGAAGGUUUUGUUCACCAGCAGUUCCGGAGAGCAUCAUCUCCACAACCAAGCUGUUUGUCAUUAAAAAGUGACAGAUCAAUGGCUGAACCUCUAAAAUUUAGUGAUACAACAGAGCUCGUUCACCCCAGUAAUCUAGAGAGAGAGAAAGACAGUCCACCAUCUCCACAACCAAGCUAUGUGUCAAUAAAGAGUGACAGAUCAAUGGCUGAUCCUCUUAAAUUCAGUGAUACAGCAGAACCGUUUCACCACAGUAUUUCAGAAAGUGAUGAGGACAGAGCAUCAUCUCUACAACCAAGCUGCGUGUCGUUGAAGAGUGACAGAUCAAUGGCUGAACCUCUUAAAUUUUGUGUUAAAGAACCCUUUCACCCUAGUACUGCUCGCUGCCAGUUCCAGGGAGCAUCAUCUCCACAACCAAGCAGUGUGUCAUUAAAGAGUGACAGAUCAAUGGCUGAACCUCUUAAAUUCAGUUUUAAAGCAGAACCCUUUCUCCCUAUUGAUGCACACUGCCAGUUCCAGAGAGCAUCAUCUCCUCAACCAAGCUGUUUGUCAUUAAAUAGUGACAGAUCAAUGGCUGAACCUCUUAAGUUCAGUGAUACAGCAGAACCGUUUCACUACAGUAUGGAGCAGGAGACUGAAGAGCCACAGCGGAACUCUUACAAACCAGCAGAUGACAUCCUACAGAGAGUCAAGGAGAAUCACAAAACCAGCAUGAAGAACAAGUACGAGAGCCUAUUUGAAGGAAUCAACGUACAUGAGAACAAAACCCCCCUGCACAGGAUUUACACACAGCUGUAUAUAGUAGAAGGAGAGAUUGUAGGAGUGAAUGAAGAACAUGAGGUCGUGCAAAUAGCGAAAGCCAAAACCGAACGCUUACAAGGCACACCAAUCAACUGCAAUGACAUCUUUCAACCCAUAUCUGAACCAAGCUGUGAGGGAAAACACAGAAAAAUAAAGACUGUGCUUACCAAAGGCAUCGCUGGAAUCGGCAAAACAGUCUCUGUGCAGAAGUUUAUUCUGGACUGGGCUGAUGGUGAAUCGAAUCAGGAUCUUGAUUUUGUUUUUGUACUCUCGUUCCGAGAGCUAAACUUGGUUAAAUAUGAGCAAUACAGCCUUCACAAACUUUUGCUCGACUUUCAUCCCAAGCUUCGUGGGUUAGAUUCAAAGAUGUAUGAUCUGUGCACAGUCUUGUUCAUCUUUGACGGUCUAGAUGAAAGUAGGAUUACACUGAAUUUUUCAGAGAGCGAGAAAGUUUCUGAUGCGUCUGUAAAAUCAUCCAUGUGCACGCUGAUGUCCAACCUCAUCCAAGGAGAGCUGCUGCCUUCCGCUCGCAUCUGGAUAACAUCCAGACCAGCAGCGGCCAAUCAGAUCCCUCCGUCAUACAUCAGUCGCGUGACAGAAGUUCAGGGAUUCAACGACCCCCAGAAAGAGGAAUAUUUCAGGAAGAGAAUCACCGAUCAGCAACAAGCCAGCAGAAUUAUUUCACACAUAAGAAAAACGAGAAGUCUUCACAUCAUGUGUCACAUACCAGUUUUCUGCUGGAUUACAGCCACCGUGCUUCAAUACAUCCUGCAACAAGAUCACAGCGCAGAAAUCCCAAGAACGUUAACCGAAAUGUACAUACAUUUCCUGAUCAUUCAGUUCAGCGUGAAAAUACAGAAGUACGAUGAGAGUGAUUUGCGGAAUGGGAAAGAUCCCAAAUUGCUCUUGCAGUCAAACAGCGAUGUGAUUCUCAAACUCGCUGAACUGGCUUUCAAAUCUCUGAUAAAGGGUGACAUCAUAUUCUACGAUGAGGACCUUAGAGACAGUGGCAUAGAUGUCAAGGAGGCCUCGGUGUAUUCUGGGAUCUGCACUGAGAUCUUCCGAGAGGAAUCUGUGAUCUAUCUGAGGACGGUUUAUUGCUUUGUACACUUGAGCUUUCAAGAGUUCUUUGCCGCGCUUUAUGUGUUUUCCAGCUACUUAUGCAGAAAUGUUGAUGUUCUGAAAAUGUUCGAGAAGAAAAAAGGCAGAGCAAAGAUCAGAUUCCAGCCUGAAGGAGACAUUGCGCUCGAUAUGUUUCUGAAGGGUGUGAUAGAAGAAGCGCUAAAGAGUCAAAAUGGACACUUGGAUCUUUUUCUUCGAUUUCUUCACGGCAUCUCCCGGGAGUCAAAUCAGAAGCUUCUCCAAGGUGUGCUCACGCAUGUGGAGAACGACCCGGAAAGCUUCAAGAAAGUGAUCAAAAAUCUCAGAAUAAGUCUGAAUUUAAAUCAAAAGCAGAACAUUAGUCCUGAACGAUGGAUUAAUCUGUCACACUGUUUGCUCGAAAUGAAGGACAAUUCGAUCCUUGAGGAGAUUCAAGCUUCAUUUAAAUCUGAAAGGAGAGUAAAAUAUCUUUCUCCAGCACACUGUUCAGCUUUAGCUGAAAUGAUCCUCAUGUCUGAGGAUGUGUUGGAUGAGUUAAGCCUGAAAACAUACAACACAACGUCCGCAGAGGCUCAAAGGAGACUGAUACCUGCUGUGAGGAACUGCCGAAGAGCACUUUUGGCAGGCUUUAAUCUCACUGAAAAGUCGUAUGAAACUGUGGCUUCAGCACUGCAGUCAGAAAACUCUCCUGUGAGAGAACUCGAUAUGAGUAAUAAUGAGAUUCUGGAUUCUGGAGUGAAGCUGCUCGCUGCUGGACUGAAGAGUCAACACUGUAAACUAGAGAUACUGAGAUUAAAAUGCUGUCAACUCGAUAUGCAAUCGUGUGAGAGUUUGUCAUCUGCUCUGCUAACAGCGCACACAUGUGUGAGAGAGAUCGACAUGAGUAACAAUGAGCUGCAGGAUUCAGGAGUGAAGCUGCUCGCUGCUGGACUGAAGAAUCCACACUGUAAACUGGAGAUACUGAGAUUGUCUGGCUGUAAACUCAGUGAUGAGUCCUGUGACGCUGUGGCUACUGUUGUACAGUCAUCAAACAGCAUGAGAGAGAUCAACAUGAGUAACAAUGACCUGCAGGAUUCAGGAGUGAAGCUGCUCGCAGCUGGACUGAAGAAUUCACAAAGUAAACUGGAGAUACUGAGAUUGGCUAGCUGUAAUCUCACAUAUGAGUCCUGUGAAACCUUGGCAUCCAUUCUGCAAACCGCAAACUGUCACCUUAGAGACCUUGACAUUAGUAACAAUGACCUGCAGGAUUCAGGCGUGACGCUGCUGUCCGCAGGACUGAAGAGUCCACGCUGUAAACUGGAGAUACUGAGAAUGUCCAUCUGUAAUCUCACCUGUCGGUCUUGUGAAACUGUGGCAUCACUUCUACAGUCAAAAGACUCUGUCCUGCGAGAGCUAAACCUGAACAAGAAUGACCUGCAGGACUCAGGAAUAGAGCUGCUUUCUAAAGGACUUCAGAGUUCAAACUGUAAACUGGAGAUACUGAGACUAUAUGGCUGUUUUAUGACAGAGAAAGGCUGUUCUUUUCUUGCAUCGGCUCUGAUGUCAAACCCCUCACACCUGAGCGACCUGAACCUGAGCUGCAAUGAUAUAGGAGAGUCUGUUGGCCGGUUGCUCUUUGAGAGAAAGGAGGAUCCAACCUGCAAAUUAGAAAAACUUAAGGUGGAAUAUGAGGGAAAUUAUAGGAUUGCUGCUGGAUUUCGAAGAUUUGCCUGCAAGCUCACAAUGGACCCCAUCACAGCACACAAACAUCUUGCUCUGUCUGAGGACACACAUGUGACACACGCAGAAGAGGAACAGUCAUAUCCUGAUCAUCCUGAGAGAUUCGAGUGCUUCCCUCAGGUUCUGUGCAGAGAGAGUCUAUCUACAUGCUGUUCAUGGGAGAUUGAAUGGAGUGGCAGGAGUAAGGUCUGUGUUUCAGUGUCAUAUAAGGGAAUCGGGAGGAAAGGAGAGAGUAAGGAAUGUGAGUUUGGAGUCAAUGAACGGUCCUGGACGCUUCUGUGUGCUGAUAACAGCUUUGAGGCUUGGCACAAUAAUAAGAGAAUUAAAAUUCGUACACCUUCGUCCUUGUUUCGUUCUAAAAGAGUGGGUGUGUAUCUGCACUGGGCAGCUGGUGCUCUGUCUUUCUACAGUAUCUCUGCCGCACACAGACUCACACAUUUACACACAUUUUACUCCACAUUCACUGAGCCCCUCUAUGCAGGGUUUUGUCUUUAUUCUGGCUCCUCAGUGGCUCUUCAGUCUGUAUUAGAUUAAAAAGUCUCCUGUUGGAUACAACAC